AUGAUCAACAUUGGAGGUGGCGUUGUCCUCAACACAGCCUAUUAUGGGAUACCUGGCCGCACCGACAUCAUGAUCCAUGAGGUGGGGCAUGUCCUAGGCCUCUACCAUGUCUUCCAAGGGGUCAGUGAAACAGAAUCCUGCGAUGAUCCCUGCAGGGAGACAGUGCCAUCCAUGGAAACAGGAGACCUCUGUGCCGACACUGCCCCCAUGCCCAAGAGUAAGCUGUGCCAGGACCCAGAGCCUACCAACGACACCUGUGGCCUCACCUACUUCCCAGGGGCGCCAUUCAGCAACUACAUGAGCUACACAGAUGAUAACUGCACUGACAGCUUCACCCCUAACCAAGUGGCCCGAAUGCAUUGCUAUUUGGACCUGGUAUAUCAGCAAUGGAGUGAAAGCAGAAAGCCCACUCCCAUUCCCAUCCCACCCAUGGUCAUCGGGCAGACCCGCAAGUCCCUCACGAUCCACUGGCUGCCUCCUAUUAGUGGCAUGGUGUACGACAGAGCCCCGGGCAGCAUGUGUGAUGCCUGCACUGAAGAUGGGACAUUUCGUCAGUAUGUGCACAUGGCUUCCUCCCAGCGGGUGUGUGACUCCUCAGGUUACUGGACCCCAGAGGAGGCAGUGGGGCCUCCUGACGUGGAUCAGCCCUGCGAGCCCAGCUUGCGGGCCUGGAGUCCUGAGCUCCACCUGUACCAUAUGAACAUGACGGUCCCCUGCCCCGCAGAAGGCUGUAGCCUGGAGCUGUUCUUCCAACACCCAGUCCAAGCUGACACUCUCACCCUGUGGGUCACUUACCUCUCCAUGGACUCCUCCAAGGCCCUUUUUGACACGGAGAUCUUGCUGGAAAACCAGGAGUCUAUGCACCUGGGCCCCUUAGACACUUUCUGUGACAUCCCACUCACUAUCACACUGCACGUGGAUGGGAAGGUCUCGGGGGUCAGAGUCUACACCUUUGAUGAGCGGAUGGAGAUUGACGCGGCCCUCCUGACUUCUCAGCCCCACAGUCCCCUGUGCUCUGGCUGCAGGCCUGUGAGGUACCAGGUUCUCCGUGAUCCCCCGUUUGCCAGUGGCUUGCCUGUGGUGGUGACUCACCCUCAGAGGAAGUUCACAGACGUGGAGGUCACACCUGGGCAGAUGUAUCAAUACCAAGUUCAAGUGGAAGCUGGAGAAGAACUGGGAGAAGCUUCCCCUCCUCUGAACCACAUCCAUGGAGCUCCUUACUGCGGAGAUGGAAAAGUGGCAAGGAGCCUAGGAGAAGAGUGUGAUGAUGGAGACCUUCUGAACGGAGAUGGUUGCUCCAGGACAUGUGAGCUGGAGAAAGGUUUCAACUGUGUAGGGGAGCCAAGCCUUUGCUAUGUACAUGAGGGAGAUGGGAUUUGUGAGCCUUUUGAGAAAGAAACCAGCAUCUUAGACUGUGGCCUCCAUGCUCCCAAAGGAUAUUUCUAUCAGUGGGCUACCCAGGCUUACUCCUCUCAUGAAGACAAGAAGAAGUGUCCUGUGUCCUUGGUAACUGGAGAACCUCAUUCCAUGAUUUGCACACCAUACCAUCCAGAUUUACCCAAGCACCAAACCCUUACUGGCUGGUUUCCUUGUGUUACCAGAGAAAAUAAAACUCAGGAUGAAGGGAGUAAGCAGCCAGAAGGUAGUCUGGACAAAGAGAAUGAGAUCUGGCUUAAAGUGUGUUUCACUAGACCAGGAGUGACCACAGCAAUCUUUAUUUUUUUGAUGACUGAUGGCCUGGUCCCUGGGGAGCGUCAGCGGCCAACCAUGACCCUCUACCUGACUGACGGCAGUGGAACCAACCACUCUCUUGGAACCUAUGAACUGUCAUGCCUGCACAAUCCACUAGUUAUCAAUGUGACUCAUCACCUGAAUAUCCUCUCCUACCAUAUCACCUCAGUGCUGCUGAAUUUCUCAUCCCCACUGGUGGGCAUCUCAGCUGUGGCUCUGAGGACAUCCUGCCACCUCAGUCCUUCAGUUCCUAAUGAUUGCAUCCCAGAGCAUGAGGGGCAAAGUCAUCAGGGACAGAGCUGUGUCCAUCGGCCCUGUGGAGAGCAGGCCAGCUGUGCACCACUGCUGCUUGAUCACGCUGAUGUGGUGAACUGUACUUCUGGUGGCCCAGGUCACAUGAAGUGUGCUAUCGCCUGUCAAAGGGGAUUUGCACUUCAGGCGAGCAGCGGGAAAUACCUCAGACCCUUGCAGAAGGAAAUUCUGCUCAUGUGUUUUUCUGGGCACUGGGACCGGGAUGUGAGCUGCAUGCCCCUGGACUGUGGCAUUCCUGACCCGUCUUUAGUGAAUUAUGCCAACUUCUCCUGCCCAGAGGGAACCGGCUUUCUGAAACGCUGCUCGAUCUCGUGUGUCCCACCAGCCAAGCUGCAAGGACUGAGCCCAUGGCUGACCUGUCUUGAAGAUGGGCUCUGGUCUCUCCCCGAAGUCUACUGCAAGUUAGAGUGUGAUGCUCCCCCUGUUAUUCCAAAUGCCAACCUGCUCCAGCCUCACUGCCUCCAUGGCAACCACGACGUGGGCACCAUCUGCAGAUACGAAUGCAAGCCAGGAUACUACAUGGCGGGAAGCAUGGAGAGUAAAGUCAAGAACAAGUUCCUGAAGGUACAAUGCCUGGAAAAUGGACUAUGGGAGCAAGGCAGCUGCAUCCCUGUGGUGUGUAAGCACCCUUCUCCAGUGUUUGAAGGCAUGUAUGAAUGCACCGAUGGCUUCAACCUGGACAGUCAAUGUGUACUCAGCUGUAGCCAGGAAAGUGAAAAGCUCCCCAUCCUUUGCACUAAAGAGGGACUGUGGAGCCAGGAGUUUAAGUUGUGUGAGAACCUGCAAGGGGAAUGCCCACCGCCCCCCUCAGAGCUGAAUCACGUGGAGUACAAGUGUGAACAGGGUUUCGGGAUUGGUGCAGUGUGUUCCCCAUCGUGCGUAAUCCCCCCUAGUGAUCCCGUGAUCCUACCUGAGAACAUCACUGCUGACACUCUGGAGCACUGGAUGGAGCCCGUCCAAGUAAAGAGCAUUGUGUGCACUGGCCGGCGUCAAUGGCACCCAGACCCUGUCCUGAUCUACUGCAUCGAGUCCUGUGAGCCUUUCCAAGCAGAUGGUUGGUGUGACACUAUCAACAACCGGGCCUACUGCAACUAUGAUGGGGGAGACUGCUGCUCCUCUACACUCUCUUCCAAGAAGGUCAUUCCAUUUGCUGUUGACUGUGACCAAGAUGAAUGCACCUGCAGAGACCCCAAGGCAGAAGAAAAUCAGUAACUGUGGCAUCAAGCCCCUCCCUCCACUGCCCUGGAGUCAGUAAGAAAGAGAGGCCAACACAGGAGGAAAAGAAGGGUGAAUGAAGAAAAAAGAUCAUGACAUGGAGGAAGGAGGAAGCAUGUGAAGGAUCUUAUAAGAAAUGCAAGAGGAUAUUUCUAGGUGCCAACUAGUGCAUCAAGUAGCCCAAGUAGGUAAGAAUCAUAGGCAAAAGUUUCUUUAAAGUGGAAGUUGAUUAAUGUGGAAGGAGAAAUAUGGUAGAUAUACAAGGACCCUACUCCCCCACUUAUAUUCUACUCAACCCAUCCUCAACUCUUGCCCUGUUCCCCGCAAGGCACCCUGCCCUGCCAACUCUACAGUCCCAGUUAACUUGUAAACCAAUACCAAAAUGCUAGAAGAGAAGUUGACCAGAACACUCUGUGCAUACCCUUUGUGAAUGGAUUGCCAUUUUCAGGGCUUGUCUGCUCUAAACUGGCUUUUCUCUUUCUUUUGUGUAGUCUCCCUUAAUAAUGAGGUUAGUUAUUAAUUCUUUAUGAGUAUUUAAACAUAAUUAUAUAAAUAUAUUAUAUAUAUUA